AUGGAACAGCUCGGGCUGGGGCAGUAUGCCGACUGGGAGUUGAAUCUAGAUAUUGAUAUGCCCGAAGGGGCCCUGCUAAUGAAAGGCGCCGAUCCCGUGCUGGCCGAUAUCCUCGAGUCGGACCGCGUACUUUUCGCGGGAAUUGACGACCUCGACUUGCCACUUGACGAGGACGAUUUUUGCAAUGGGCUAAUUAAAGAAAUUGAUGGCAUGGAGCAAGAGCACCAAGACGAUGAGCACAGCUACGCAGCGUCAGCUUUCUCCCCCGGUGGAUCGGAUCGUGGCAGCUCACUCGGAAGUGCCUGCGCGUCAUCCCCAUCAUCAGAUUCCUCUGCCUCCUACAAUGUCGACUACCUUCAGAUGAGCGCCAAUGAGGCGUUACAAUAUGAGGACGCCUCCGCCCUAGACAACUACUACGAGCCACAACCCCGUAAAACGAUACCAGCAAGCAACACAACCCGGCCAAUCCUUCAACAACACAAAACCGGCCAGCCAGGUGUCAUGCGAUACACAGUCGGCGAGAGAACGCGGAAGUACCCACCGCUCGUGCUCACCGAGGAGGAGAAGCGUCUAUGCAAGAAGGAGGGCAUCACACUCCCCGAACACUAUCCACUCACCAAGGCCGAAGAGCGUGACCUCAAGAAGAUCCGCCGAAAAAUCCGGAACAAGCGCAGUGCCCAGACGAGCCGCAAGCGCAAGCAGGACUACAUCGAACAGCUUGAAGACCGUGUCAACGACUGCACCCAGGAGAACAACGACCUGAAACAAGAGGUUGAGCGCCUUCGCCACGAGAAUGUGUACGUGCGCACGCAGCUGCGCAAGCUCCAAGCCGCCUUCGCCGCGUCGACGAAGCGCUCGACGCAAGCCGGCACGUGCCUCGCCGUUCUCGUCCUCUCCCUCUGCCUGCUGGUGGCCCCAAACCUGAACCCCUUCCUGAAGCAGCUGCAGAACAACUCGGAAAGCGAAGAGGCGGCUAAGGCAGCCGGAGUGCUGCCCGCCAAGGCCCAUGCUGGCCAAGACGCCGUUGCUGCUCGCGCCGGCUUCCCACCACGAGCACCACUCACUGGUCGCUCACGCACUUUAAUGGAUGUGAUGCCAAAGUGCGAAGAGGCGGCGGCGGCCGAGGAGGCGCCCGUCCGCGCCCAGCGCCUACACGCCUGGGCCGAAGCCCCGCAACAGCACAACGGCUAUAAGGCGCCCGCCAAGGCACCACCUGCUCGCUUCGUCGAGAACAACCAGAAAUACAUCCAUGUCAAGCCGGAGCCGCGAUCCCCGGAACACGUGCUGUUCGACGACAUGAAGGGGGGCAGCCCAUACAUUUAUGAGGUCGAACAAACGCACUACAUCGACGAACCGCCGAGCCAGGUCGCGCACGGUGGCGGCAAGCUGCUCAACCGCACGAACCGGAUGGUGUACACCGGCGGAGAGGGCCAACCUCCCGUCAAGAAGCGCCAGAUCGCCGUCCAGCCCUAC